GAUAUAUAACCUUGAUUUUUGGGGACUGUCGAAGAUUUUUUUUAAAUGAUUUUUAUUUUUACAGUGAUGCAGUGAUUCUAGAGCAAAAUGCAUGAGGAGGGCUUCACGGAACAUCUUUAGUAAGGGUAGAUGGGACGAAGAUCAUGAAAUGGUGAUUUCUAGAGAUUGCUGGUCAUUAUGUUCAAACUAUUGUAAACGCUGGGAUCAGAGUUUGGCCUUGAAAAGCAGAGGGGCUGUCAGGCUUUGCAUGUCAAUAGCUACUGAGCUAUUUGACAGUUUAUGUUUUUCAGCACCACUGGGAAGGAGGCAGCCUGAGAAGCCAUAAGCAAUGACUCAUGUCGUCUGCUUCAGCAUGAUAGCGUGAAUCUGAUGAUCAGAGCUGGGUAUCUGUCACAGGGUUCAGUGUUUGCAUUUUAAUUGGUUCAUUGAAAAAAAACACAACAAGUGAACCAGGAUAGCAAGAAAGAACUGAUGGAUAUCAACAACAACUGAGCCAGUUUUUAAGAAACCUGGAUUAUACAAAAAGAGUAAACAGAAAGAAAAAAAUAGAAUAAAAUUUUUGUUUAUUUUGGCAGAGGACUUCAGUUCCGGCGUGUUGGGUGAUAUGGUCUAAUACUGUCUCUUGCCCUAUUGACAAGUCAACAGUACAUUGCAGGUAUGCAAAUGAAGACUUUAAAUCAGAAGUUUCAUGAUACAUCCAUCCAAAUAAAUUAUUUUUUUUAGUGAGCCCUCCCCAGGAAAUACAGUGCUACAGCUGCUUCCUGAUUCUAUAGUCUCAGCACAGAACAGAUCUUCCAUCUGAAUAUUUUUUCAGACUACAUUUUUGCCAAUAUGGUGCUUGCAAUGAGGCACGGCGCUCAUUUAAUCUGGGUGAGCCUGCUGGUGUGUUGCUUGGUUGACCUUGGUACCAGCAUGGAGUUCACUGGAGCAGAAGGACAGUGGGCUAGGUUUCCGAUGUGGAAUGCAUGUUGUGAGAGUGAAAUGAGCUUUAACAUGAAAACCAAGAGCUCCCAUGGACUCUUGGUGUACUUUGACGACGAAGGAUUCUGCGACUUCUUGGAGCUCCUGAUCCACAAUGGGAAAUUAAGCCUUCGAUUUUCAAUCUUCUGUGCGGAGCCAGCCACCGUGCUGUCGGACACAGCAGUCAAUGACAGCAACUGGCACUCCGUGACAAUAAAGAGGAACUUCAAAAACACCACCCUCAUAGUGGACAAAGAAGUCAAAUGGAUUGAGGUGAAAUCAAAAAGACGGGAUAUGACUGUCUUUAGCAAUUUGUUCUUGGGGGGGAUUCCACCGGAAUUGCGAUCUGUGGCACUACGGCUAACAUCCGCCUCUGUAAAGGAUCAAGUUCCUUUCAAGGGAUGGAUAACUGAUCUUAAAGUCAACAGCUCAGAACCUGUACUCAGCGGCAGUGAAGGAGUCAAAACUGAUCUUUGUGGUAAAGACUUGUGUCUGAAUGGAGGAGUCUGCAAUGUGAUUGACAACGAAGCUAUAUGUGACUGCUCGCAGACUGGCUACCAAGGAAAGGACUGCAGUGAAGAAGACAACUAUGUUGAAGGUCUGGCGCACCUGAUGAUGGGCGACCAAGGUAAAACUAAAGCAUGGGGAAAAGAAGAAUACGUUGCCACCUUCAAAGGGUCUGAAUACUUCUGCUAUGACUUAUCCUUGAACCCUAUACAAAGCAGCAGCGAUGAAAUUACUUUGUCUUUCAAAACUCUACAGAGGAAUGGACUGAUGCUACAUACGGGCAAAUCGGCUGACUACGUCAAUCUUGCUCUGAAAAACGGAGCAGUCUCUCUCGUCAUUAAUUUGGGGUCGGGAGCCUUUGAAGCUCUGGUGGAGCCUGUGAAUGGGAAAUUUAAUGACAAUGAUUGGCAUGAUGUCAAAGUAACAAGGAAUCUUCGUCAGCACUCAGGCAUUGGACACGCUAUGGUAAACAAACUACAUUGUUCGGUAACAAUAUCAGUGGAUGGAAUUCUGACUACCACUGGCUACACACAGGAAGACUACACCAUGCUAGGCUCUGAUGACUUUUUCUAUGUUGGAGGCAGUCCUAGCACAGCGGAUCUGCCAGGCUCCCCUGUCAGCAACAACUUUAUGGGUUGCCUGAAGGAGGUUGUGUAUAAGAACAAUGAUGUCAGAUUAGAACUGUCCAGACUGGCUAAACAGGGGGAUGCCAAAAUGAAGAUCCAUGGUGUUGUAGCAUUCAAAUGUGAGAACGUGGCCACCUUGGACCCCAUCACGUUUGAAACCCCAGAGUCCUACAUCACUUUGCACAAGUGGAAUGCUAAGAAAACGGGCUCUGUGUCCUUCGACUUUCGCACCACAGAGCCGAAUGGACUACUUCUCUUUAGCCAUGGCAAGCCAAAGCAGCAGAAAGAUACCAAAAAUCCUCAGACCAUGAAGGUGGACUUCUUUGCUAUUGAAAUGUUGGACGGCCACCUCUACCUUCUACUUGACAUGGGAUCAGGAACCACCAAAACCAAAGCAGUGAACAAAAAGGUGAACGAUGGAGAAUGGUAUCAUGUGGACUUCCAGAGGGACGGGCGAUCAGGUACCAUAUCUGUGAAUACUCACCGCACAGCAUACACAGCACCAGGAGAGAGUGAAAUCCUUGACUUGGAUGACAACUUGUACUUAGGUGGCCUGCCAGAGAACAAAGUAGGGCUCGUCUUCCCCACUGAGGUGUGGACAGCCCUGCUUAACUAUGGGUAUGUGGGCUGCAUCAGGGACCUCUUCAUUGACGGUCAGAGCAAAGACAUUCGGAGGAUGGCAGAAGUCCAAAAGGCAGCUGGAGUGAAGCCAUCGUGUACCAGGGAGGUGCCGAAACAGUGCCUUAGCAAUCCCUGCCAGAACAACGGUGUGUGCAGAGAGGGCUGGAACCGAUACGUCUGUGACUGCUCUGGGACCGGCUACCUUGGAAGAUCCUGCGAGAGGGAUGCCACAAUUCUCAGUUAUGAUGGCAGCAAGUUCAUGAAAAUCCAGCUGCCAGUGGUGAUGCACACUGAAGCAGAAGACGUCUCCCUUCGGUUCAGAUCACAGAGAGCCUAUGGGAUUCUAAUGGCAACAACAUCCAGGGACUCUGCUGAUACCCUGCGACUGGAAUUGGAUGCUGGCAGAGUGAGACUGACUGUCAACCUAGACUGUAUCAGGAUAAACUGUACAUCCAGCAAAGGGCCAGAAACCAUUUUUGCGGGGUAUAACCUCAACGAUAACGAAUGGCACACAGUGCGUGUGGUCAGGAGAGGAAAGAGUUUGAAACUAACAGUGGAUGAAUUACAGCCUGUGGAAGGUCUGAUGGCAGGAGACCACACGCAGCUGGAGUUCCACAACAUAGAAACAGGAAUUGUGACCGAGAAGAGGUAUAUGUCUGUAGUGCCGUCCAACUUCAUUGGCCAUCUGCAGAGCUUGUCCUUCAAUGGCAUGGUUUACAUCGAUCUCUGCAAGAAUGGAGACAUAGACUACUGUGAGCUCAAUGCCAUGAUCGGGUUCAAAAACAUCAUAGCCGACCCUGUGACAUUCAAGUCCCGGUCAAGCUAUGUGGCGCUGUCCACUCUGCAGGCCUACUACACCAUGCACCUGUUCUUCCAGUUCAAGACAACUUCAUCUGAUGGGCUGAUACUUUACAACAGUGGAGAUGGCAAUGACUUCAUUGUGGUGGAGCUUGUCAAAGGGUAUCUGCAUUAUGUAUUUGAUUUGGGUAAUGGUGCUCAUCUAAUCAAAGGCAACUCUAACAAGCCCUUGAAUGACAAUCAUUGGCACAAUGUGAUGAUAUCAAGAGACACAAACAACCUGCACACAGUGAAGAUCGACACCAAGGUGACAACUCAGACCACAAUGGGAGCCAAGAAUCUUGACUUGAAAGGGGACUUGUACAUUGGUGGGGUUGCCAAAGAGAUGUAUAAAGACCUGCCUAAGAUGGUCUAUGCCAAGGAGGGUUUCCAGGGCUGCCUGGCAUCUGUGGAUCUGAAUGGCCGGCUCCCUGACCUGCUGUCCGAUGCUCUGUCCUGCGUGGGGCAGAUCGAGAGGGGAUGCGAAGUUGCAUUGAUGAAAGCUGACUUGCAAGGACCUAGCACCACCUGCCAGGAGGACUCCUGUGCCAACCAGGGAGUGUGUCUACAACAGUGGGAGGGCUUCAGCUGUGACUGCAGUAUGACUUCCUUUGGAGGUCCCCUGUGCAAUGACCCGGGAACUACUUACAUAUUUGGCAGAGGAGGUGGACUGAUCAUUUACACAUGGCCCCCCAAUGACAGACCCAGCACACGUGCGGACAGGCUGGCCAUAGGAUUUAGUACUCAGUUGAAAGAUGCUGUAUUGGUACGGGUAGACAGCUCCUCUGGACUCGGAGACUACCUUCAGCUACACAUUGAAAAGGGGAAUGUUGGAGUUGUAUUUAAUGUUGGAACAGAUGACAUAACUAUUGAAGAAACAUCAAAGUUUGUAAAUGACGGAAAGUACCACAUAGUACGUUUCACGAGGAGUGGUGGCAAUGCCACGCUACAGGUGGACGACCUACCUGUCAUUGAGCGAUACCCAACAGGAAACAAUGAUAACGAACGCCUGGCGAUUGCUAGACAGCGAAUCCCAUAUCGACUUGGUCGAGUAGUUGAUGAAUGGCUACUCGACAAAGGCCGCCAACUUACUAUCUUCAAUAGCCAAACAACUAUAAAAAUUGGAGGCAAGGACAGAAGCCGUCCAUUCCAGGGCCAGCUGUCUGGUCUGUACUACAAUGGGCUGAAGGUGCUCAACAUGGCUGUGGAAAGUGACCCCAACAUCAAGAUCGAAGGAAGUGUGCGCCUGGUCGGGGAAUCCCCAUCCUCAAUGACAACGGAGUCCAGUGCCACCGCAAACCAUUCGGAAACCUCCACCUCCAUCAUGGAAAUCACCACCACCACUGCAUCCAGCCGGAGAGGAAAGCCACCUGCCAGAGAGCCAACGCCAACAGAUGACCUGCUGGUGGCGUCUGCUGAGUGUCCCAGUGAUGAUGAGGACAUUGAUCCCUGUGAGCCCAGCUCAGGUGGGUUAGCAAACCCUACCAGACCGGGGGCUGAGGGCUACCCUGGUCCCUCAGAGGUCAUCCGGGAGUCCAGCAGCACCACAGGCAUGGUGGUGGGCAUCGUGGCAGCUGCCGCCCUCUGUAUCCUCAUCCUGCUCUACGCCAUGUACAAGUACCGCAACCGUGAUGAGGGCUCCUACCAUGUGGACGAGAGCCGUAACUACAUUAGCAACUCGGCACAGUCCAAUGGCACAGUGGUGAAGGAGAAGCAGGCUAACAGUGCCAAGAGCUCCAGCAAGAACAAGAAAAACAAGGAUAAAGAAUACUAUGUCUGAUCUUACCUUUAAAAGAAGAACACUUGUAUAAUAAUUUAGUCUUCAUUUUAUCUGAGACAUGGUAUAAUAAACUUACUUUACUUUUUACUCAAGCACAUUGGACAAAAAAGGAUUAACAAACAAACUGGAAUGUGGCCAGCAAGAAACAGACUGAGCAGAAUAAAAAGAAAAAACAAAAAAAAACACAAACCAACCAACCAACCGACAAGCAAAACAUUGACAUUUCAUGCUUUUGUUUCAGAGAAACAGGAGCCAAUUUAGGGGACAACAAAAUGUCAUAAACAGUCAGUGUUUUCAUUUACGUUGCCUGUGUUUGUGUUGCUGGGACAUUUUCUUAAAAAAAUGCCGCCAAGCAUUCAUAAUGGAAGAAGAAUGAUAAAACUAGAAAGGGAAUUGGAAAAAAGAAACAAGCUACCUAUAACUGAGGAAUCAGCCAAAGUAUUUGCACUUUCCUUAGAAGCGAUGGAGGCCAGAUCAGACUGUUGUUUGGCCCAGCUAACAGACCUGUCCAAGGUGCAAAGAAGAGAAAAAGGAACUGGUAACAAUAAGACUCAUUUAAAAAUACUUUCGUGUUGUCAGGAAGGAAAAUGGAGGCCUUAAUUUCAACCCAAUGUGAAAUCUAAGGCAGAUGUUUUUGCAGAAUUAUGAGGAUGUCUAGAUGCGAUCAUUUGGGAAAAUCCAUGCACGCAAAGUAUCUUAUUACAUAUGUUUAUAUACAGUACAAACACAUCUAUAUGUGCUUUCUGGACCGUGAUGAGUGGUGUUUUAUAGCCUGUUGUAUAGACGAUGCAAACUAUAUCUGCUCCUCAGCCAUUUUUAGUAAAAAAGGAAAAGAAUAAAAAAAGAAAAAUAAAUGUUAUUAAGUGUUGCUAGAUAUAGAAGAAUUUUAUGAUGACAUCUGCUAUGAUUUUGUUUUCAUUUUAUUAUUUUUUGUUUUCUACAGCCAUCUAUUCUUAUGUUAACCUCUUUCCCCAGAAAGGCCUAACUUGCUACUGUAUGACUGCCCUCUAAUGUUGUAUGAAGGAGUGAGCCAAAAAUUAAGUACACAGGACUUAGUCAUUUUGUGCUUAAAUUAUACAGCAGUCACGUUAGCAAGGGGCGGUGUUAUGGGGAAAGAAACUAUUAAACAGAAAAUCAUAGUUCAAUAUUUAACCUCCAGAAUCUACAAAAUAACAAUAAGACUAAAGGAGUCACCCCAGCCCUACCCCCAAGAAACAUUAAGACCUCAUUUCAUUCUAUUCAUUCCGUCUAUGUAUGUAUUUUCAUUAUGUCACUAUUUUGCUUUACUGAUCCCUCUGUCCAGAAUAAAGAACAAAAUGAACUGCAAUUCUACAACAACAAAAACAACUACAAUUCAAAUGCUUUGCUAAAUUCACAAAUACAUGUUUCUUCUUCGUUCUACAUUUUAUGCGGCAGUACUUUAUUGACCUCAAAUUAAAAAAAAAUUAGAAGAAAACAGAUUCGUUUUUGAUAAGUACAGUAUAAAUGAAAAAAUAUUACACACUGUAAGUGAACUUAAGACAUUGAUUAAAAUACUAGACGAAUGUGUGACAUAAUUGUUACCAUUCUACUGAAGGUUUUCAUUAGGAGAUGUAUUCCCUUUCACUCUGAAUUUUCAAUUGUACUGUUCUGCAUUUUGUCUUCGUAACUAAAAGAAUAUGAUUGCACAUCUUGUGUGGAACAAAGCUUUAUUUUGGUGCUUCUCAUUUAUAGAUUUUCAUAUCAUUUAAUAUCAUUAUUAUUAGCAUAAUCAUGAUUGCUAUUGUUUAUUUUUUGCAUACAGAUUUAUCUCCAAAAUAAAAUUUGAAUUCACAGAGAAUAUUGGGCAAUUUGAGUUGGCAUUUUAUUCUUUCAUCUUUUUCAUGUUAUUUAUGGAUGAUUUUCCCAGCAAUAACCCAUAUUGUAAUGUACCUUCUUAGAAAAUACAAAGGGAAUACAUUAGGCUCAGAGAGGGUACUGUAUACUUCAAGGGAACCUGGCUAUAUCUCUACAAUGCCUCCUGGGAGAAAUAUAGAUGUUCACACUUUUCAGACAGGAAGGAGGAAUCUAAAAUAGGCUUAAAAUAGCAGGGGCAGCAGCCCAGCACAUCCACAUGUGAGCAAAUGUUUAGUUUCAGCAGACAAAUGGCUAACUGAUCUUAAAUGUGUGUGUCCUUUAGCAGUUAUUUUAAAUGGACCUACAGUAUGACUAAAGGCAAAGCCGUGAGCCAUUUUACACAGUCAAAUGUCUUUUAAAUAAAAAUGCACGUCCCUUUGAACUUGAUUCAGGGUACAGCACCAGUUAAGAACAGCUUAGAUCAUCUUUGGAAUACAACUUUGUAAUAAUAAUAAUAAUAAUAAUAAUUCCAGUGGAAGAUCAGUAUCAAACAGAAGCUUUCACCAGAACAUUUACAAAGAUAUCAAGGAGGAAUAGAGAGCAGAAGGUCAGAUCUCUGAUCAGAAAUUUCAGGCUCUCAAAUUAAUUGAAAUAUCCCAUUCCAUGGAAUUGAAAAUUGUUGUCCAUUAGUUUUUAGAGCCCCUACAGUAUAUCAAAUAAAUGUAAUUGCAAUGAUUUUGCAACAUGCUCAAGAACUUAACAAGAUUAUAGUCAAAGUUUCUUAUGGUGAAAUGACAGUAACUAUUGACAAAACAAAUACAAUUUGCAGAUAUCUUUUAAAAGUACAAUGUCAUGAAGCCAGGAACACUGCCAUUAAAUAUUAUGAAUGUGUAACUUUUGUAACACUGUGCAUUUAAGAGUCUGUCAACUACGAUACUAGCAGCGCUGAAAGGAGAAUUGCCUUUCUUUAAUGUUAAUGUACAGUAUUAAUGACAUUCUGAAAAUGCUGUGUAAAACAUUAACUCCUCUAUCACCAAUAAGAUGUCCUUUGUUUUUAUGACUAACAGACAAAAGCAAAAACUAAUUAUAGAAAUUAUAGAUAAUUUAAGGAAUUUAGAACUCAUUAAGAGUAUAUUUAGUACUUUGGUCAAUUAAACAACUUCAAUACAUAUUGUAUGAAAUAUGUUUCUUAAAUUAUCUUUCAUUAUUAAUAUUAACCAUACAUAAGACACAUUGUAAGAUAAAGAAGGUUAAAAACAAGAGCUUUUUAGUUUACUCACAGAAACCAUUAAUUUAUAUAUAUAUAGGUAUCUUAUAAGGUAUCCAAGUAAAAAUAUUGUGGCAUUUAGACCUUUGUUUUAUCCAACUGUGCCAAUUAUUCCCAAUUUUACCAUUUGGAACAUUCUUGGUGAGUUACAUGGAGAACCACACAACUCACACAUGAAAACCAAGGUUCUUAGUUACAUUUUACAUUCAGCUUCAGUCAUAGUCUUCAUGAAACCACAAAAGUAGCAAAAUAUAAGCAAAAAGUGCAAAGCAAUGAGAAUUGAAACUGAAGGAAUAUGCCAUUUUUCAUAAAAGGAUUAAAGGACUUACUUGUUCUUUCAUGUUUUCAUCUAAAUACAGUAUAACGAAUGCUCGUUGUGUACGUAUUUUCAAAUAUAUUUAUUCUUAAAUACUAUGAAUACUAUUAAAUACUAUACAGUCAAAUAAUGGCUUGAUCUAGUCAUCAGCUCCAUAAUCAGAAUUAAAGCUGGUGCUUUACUUUUACAAAAGAAAAAACGUUACUUUUUGCAACUUUUGUACGCAAUGGUACAGUACCUCAUAGUUGGGGUUUGCCAGUCUUGGCAAUGGAUGAUGUCAUUCCUCCUUUCUGUCUUUACUGUUCAGGCUUAUGACACUCUGUGACCAUAGAAUUACUCUUUCCUGUGCCAUCUUCUAAUUCUGAAACAAAAAGAUAACUUCCCAACACAAAGCAUUCAUAUCUUAAAUACCCUUAUCCUUGGAGAUAUAGAUAAAUAUUGAAACAAUACAUCUAUUGAUUGCCAAAAGGUAAACCCUUUUAUUUUGUUAGUUGGUUUGUUUUUUUUAUUUUGUUGCAAGGUCAUUUUAUUCAUUGUUGGAAAUGCUACGCAAGUGGAAUUUACUGUUUUGUUAAUAAAAUGUUUCUUAUUAUAAACCA